AGACGCUGGCUUUUGCUGUAGUUGUUAGUGACAACAGCAGUUCUCAUGGUGUAGAAAAAAUGCUUAGUUUGAAUUUUCUUUAGUGCAAGUAGGCUAGGUAGGGCUCUGCUCUUCCUCCCCGGCUCGGGUGAAAGGAGGAAGAACUGGUGUGAUGUGUGGGGUUCACCCUUCCUCAGAGACUGCUCCUGUCUGGACAUGGCUUGUGAGAGGUCUUAGGAGUGUGUGGGGUUGCUGCUGUCCUACUAACCUGUUCCUUAAUCCUGCAGCUGUCAAGAUCAAGAAGAACAAGGACAAUGUGAAAUUCAAGGUGCGCUGCAGCAGGUACCUGUACACCCUGGUCAUUACAGACAAGGAGAAGGCUGAGAAGCUGAAGCAGUCCCUGCCCCCAGGUUUGGCUGUGAAGGAGCUGAAAUGAACCAUUCACACCUAGAUAUCUCCAUGUUUAGUACAAUAAACUGAACUGUUCUCAAGUGU